AUGACAGCACCGCCCAGAAUACCAGCACUCACUCACUCCUUCGCCACCCCACCCCCGCCACCACCCCCCUCAGCCAACCACACCCACCCCAUCGUCCCGCCCUCGUUCAGCCAUGGCCCAGCCGUCGCCUCGCUCAUCAGAGAGAAACGCAGACAGCUCUCCCUGGCAAACCAGUCCACCCCAACCACCACAGCCACCAGCUCGCCACUCUCCUCACCCAUCGAGCGCAACAUCCCCCUACCCGCAGCUGCAGCCUCACAGGAUCAGCGCAGACCAAGGAGCAGGGGACAGACCAGAAUCGGAGCACUAGCCGACAUGACCAUCCGAUUCGACUCCCUCAAACCACUCACACUCAUCAGCUCCCCAGCAGCAUCAGACCCCAGCCUGGCCGAAGUCGUCAUGACCCCAACGACUGAAGAAUGGUGGGCUUUCGGUGGUCUCUCACACAAAAGUAGCAAAUGCUCUAGCAAAGCCAGUCUACGGGAAAGCGCAAGCAGCGCGACAUCUAUCGCCCCAACCAAAACCAGCAACAGAGGACGAGAGCAGGAAGAGGAGGAGGAUGAGGAGGACGACCAAGCCGACGACGAUUCUGAUUACACCGGCGCUAGCAGUAACGACUCUGAGAGAUGCCCCCGGUCAUCCGACACCCACAGCCCCAAGCCAGAGCCUUCAUCCUCAGUCACCACGCCCGACAACAGCCCCGAGGCGUGCAUCAACGACCAUCCCCUCCAAUCACCCACUUCCAAUCACCCCACCACUACCACCAGCCAGCUUGUCCCCCCCUUGAAUAUCUGUCCAGCCAUCAUCCCCUCGCCCACCCCUAACUCACCCACAAACCUCAUCUCACCCCUCAGCUCGCCCUUAGAAUUCUCCGCCGGCCUGAUCUCUUGCUCCGAGGCUGAGCCCAGCCUACCUAUUCCAACGCUCACCUCUGUCAAUGGGAUCUUCAACGUGCCCUCGAGUCCGCUCACCGAUACCUUGCAGAUCCACAAGUCCGAACCUCACCAUGCCUUCCCCACCCUCACGGCCAUGUCCUCCUACUCCGUCGGCUCGCCCACUGAAUCCUCCGCCCUCGAACCCCUCACUUCCACAGCCCUGCUCUCCUCGCUUCUUGAUAAGGCCCCUCCAACCGCCUCCCGACCAUGCUCCUUAGUCCACGAUGGAAUCGUCCGGAAAACCAUCGACCCGCGCUCAUACUCUGCCAUCACCGGACAUCGCAACUUGGACUCCUUCGUCAUCCACUCCUCCGCCGGCUCCGGUGCUUACGGGAUUGUCAAACACGCCCAGGAGAAGGGCGCAGACGGACAGCCAGUCGGCCCGCCGCUGGUGAUCAAGUACAUCAUUAAACAACGAAUUCUCGCCGAUUGUUGGAAGCGCCACAAAGUUCUCGGUCCGGUCCCAAUUGAGAUCCAUGUCCUGGACCAUCUCAGGAGAGUCAACUAUCGCACAUCGAUCAUAUCCAUGGCCACACAGUACAUGGAAGCCAGAAACUCCAAAGGCGAUAGUACGCCGGUCGAAACGAUCCCUAACCGGACUGACCUCAUUCAACUAUGUGCACACGAGAACGCCAGCGGAGGCACUCUCCACCAACGAACCGGACACCCGAACAUCUGUGGGAUCUUGGACUACUUCGAGGACUCGGACUACUAUUAUCUGGUCAUGCCCCGAUUCGGAGACGGCAAAGAUCUAUUCGAACACAUCGAGCUGGCCCCUGAUGGCCUGCCGACCCCCGAGGUGCGUAGGAUCUUUGGCCAGAUCGUCGACGGCGUCGCCUUCUUGCACGAACGUAAUAUUGUCCAUCGGGAUCUUAAAGACGAGAAUGUCAUCCUCGACCGGGACGGUAAUGCCCAACUGAUCGAUUUCGGAAGCGCUGCUUACGUCAGAGAGGGCAGCAAGUUUGAGACGUUCUCGGGUACAUUAGACUUUGCAGCUCCAGAGGUCCUCAAAGGCGUCCCACACGGUGGAAAAGAGAUUGAUAUAUGGGCAUUGGGGGUGAUUUUAUUUGUGCUGAUUACCGGAGAAUGUCCGUUUUGGAACCCCGAGGAAGCCGCGAAGGGGAUCGGUGAGGGCAGUCGAGCGCGGGCGAAGCUCGAGACGCACUUGGCGACGAAACGCCACGCCCUGAACGGCGAAGAGCGCCGUGCUUUUGAUGGUGAUGAUGAGAGUGAAUCGGUUCUGGAUCUGUUGAAGCAUUGCUUGCAUCUCGACGCCGCUUCCAGGCCGUCUAUCGAGCACAUCUGUUGGCACAAGUUCUUCCUGCCCUCGUUCGGCUGGUCUGGCCCGUCGAUCCCUUCGAUUGCCGAGCCUUCUCUCCCCCCUCCUGCCGUCUGA